AUGAAACAACCGACGGCUCGACAUUCUCAAGUCCAAGCACGUAUUGCACAAUACAAGGAAAACAAUGAAGAACAUCAAGUCGAACACCUUGUAACAACAACAUCGACAACGACAAGAAAACAAAAAAAGAACAUAUUUCAAGAUGCAGUGAUUAAACAUUAUACACAUGAAAAACGAUUUACAACUAUGAAAAAAGAUACGCAUCAAAUUUUCCGUGAAGUUUUUCAAAGUUUUGGUAUAGAAGCUGUGAGACUUAUUGUUGGUCAUCGGAAUGGUUCGAACUCGAAAUGUGAACUCAUACGUAAAUGA